GUAUGUGGGAUUGAAUGUUUCUGAACGAUUGAGAUGUGUGUAAGAUGAUGGACGUUUCUAAACGAAUGAGUGGGAGUAAGAGGGAAUGAAUGAAUGAGAGUGAGAGAUUGGUUUGAAAAUUGGGAUUUAAAGAUGGAAGAGUUAACAGAUAGACGAUGUACCUAACGAUUUUAAGUAAAACAAUAGUAAUAAAUAGUUUAGAUUGAAAUUCAACGGUUAUUAUUUAAUAACGCAAGUAUUCCACGAACCCUGAUCCCCACAGCUUUGGGGGCUCGUCCGGGAUCAGUGCUGUGGAUACGAUUCGUACCGACGAACAAAGACGCCACGUGGAACGCCAUUACGCCUCUGCACGCCGCACCGGUUUCCUUCGAAAAUUAUUACGACGACGACGACGACUAACGAAAACUACGACGCUACGACUACGACGAUUUCAAGAGGAUGUCGAAGGAUACUGAUGCCGGUGGUUCACCAGACCACGAGCAGCUCUGGUACACCAAGGACGCCGUUCCAUCGUUCAGCGGGCAGGACAAGACGUACCCCGUCUCGAAAUGGAUUCAAGAUAUCGAGGAUAAUAAAGACAUAUUCCAGUGGUCACCAAUACAACAGCUCAUCGUCGCCAGGCGCUCGCUUACUGGUACAGCCGCGCUCUGGUUCCGAGCCGAAAAAACCUUCAAGACAUGGGACGAGUUGAAAACGGCUAUCUCAAAGGAAUUUCCUGACACGUUGGAUCAAAAAACAGUGCAUGAAUUAAUGAGUGCUCGUAGAAAAAAACCCAGUGAGUCCCUAUUAGAGUACCUAUAUACAAUGAAGGAAUUAGGAAAACGUGGGAAAAUGCCGGACUAUAUCGCCAUCCGCUACAUUGUAGACGGGAUACCUGACUUAGAGAGUAACAAAAUCAUGCUUUACGGUGUUACGACAUAUCCAGAUCUAAAAGAAAAGUUUAAAAUUUAUGAGAUGGUGAAAGAAAAAAUGAAGGCGAGAACAUUGAGUGUGCGCAGUAAGCCUCAAGCGGUGAGUCACAAUGAUUAUCAUAAGCCAUUUCAACCAAGAUGUUACAGCUGCGGCGAUCGAAGCCACAUGUCAGACCAGUGCCCGAAUAGCAGUAAAGGCAAGAAAUGUUUCCAUUGUAACGAUUUUGGGCAUAUUUCGGUAGAAUGUCCGAAUAAGAAGCAUGCAACGCCUUCAAAAACAUUCAUGCAAUCAAGAAAAGAUGGCGGCGGCGGUGAACGAACAACCCGAACAACUGAACGGCACGAAUAUCCACGGAGUCGCCCGACACCGGACGCAGCUACGCGACUUCCGCCGAAGCAGACCUACUUCACGAGUGAGAUUGAGAACGAGAGCGAUCGCGAUGUGAUCGACGACGUCGUGCACGAUGUUCAUGUUGUCAACACGGGUAUGAAGUGCGCCACGAUUCAUGAUGAACGAAACGCAACGUAUGACAGUGACAGCUCAUCAAGUGACGUUAUCGAUCAAGAUCAAGAUGUCAAUAAUAACAACAACAUAGCACUGUUUACAUCGAAAUCGCGCCAGAAACCGCUGAAAACGGUGGAAAUAUGCAGUAAAACAACAGAUGCGCUGGUGGAUUCGGGCAGCGAUAUCAAUCUUAUUACGGAUGAGUGUCGUCGUCAACUAGGAAUGAGUGUUAACGGUGAUAGUGUUUCGGUCAGUGGUUUAGGUUUAUCAGUGAUAAAAACGAGUGGUUCGUGCACAGUGGACAUUGUUAUAGACAAUAAGAAAUACGAAAACGUUAAGUUUUAUGUUAUCUCGAAACGUGAAAUGCCUUUUUGUAUCAUAUUAGGCAAUGAUUUUUUACAAAGAGUGACAAUGUGUAUGAGUGGUAAUUCUGUGUGGUUUGGUAGUAAAGAUGACGAGUGGUUGAGCUGUAUGUUGAGUGAGGCUUAUGUGUGCUCUGAUUUUCCUUCCACAGAUCAUAUUAAAGAUAACAAGGUGCAAAACAAAGUUCAACAGUUAGUUAAAAGUUACAAACCUCAGCAAGGUAAAGAAUCUCCCAUACAAAUGAAGAUUAUUGUCAAGGAUGAUGUCCCUGUAGCACAACGUCCCCGAAGGAUUUCAUUGAAAGAACAACAAGAGGUAGAAACACAAGUUAAAGAAUGGUUAGAUAAAGGCAUCGUUCGGCGGCAAACGAACAAAUGGCAGUAACAAGAUUGAUGGAAGUUCUGGAAGUUGCCGCAGAAUAUGGACUGCAGAUUAAUUGGAAGAAAGCUAGCCUGAUUACCCCAAAAAUUACCUUUCUUGGACAUAUAAUUGAAAACGGAG